AUGGAAUGGUACGCCUCCGUUCAACACCCAGGACGCAGCAAACUCGCAAAAUAUUCUCAAGUUCCAUCAAUUUCAAUGCAAGAUUCAAUCUUGACAAUUCCUACUCUACCAGUAGAACUCGUCACUGAAAUCCUUUUAAGGCUUCCAGUAAAAUCUCUCUUGCAAUUUAGGUGCGUUUCAAAAUCUUGGCUUGAUUUACUCUCUAGUCCUGAAUUUAUCAAGUCCCAUCUCAACUUAUCAGCUAAUAACAAGGACAACACUCACCAUAGGCUCAUGUUGAGUUAUCCUUGUACGUACAAUUUUAAGGAUUGGUCUCUUAGGUCUUUACUUUAUGAGUCUGAUGUGAUGGAGGCACCUGACUUGAAGUGGCCCAUGAAAAACCCCCCAAACCCUUUUUGUUUUACGGAUUCUGUCAACGGAUUGAUUUGUCUUAUUGAUGGGUCAAAAGAUUUGUUUCUAUGGAAUCCAUCCAUUAGAAAGUACAAGAAAUUGCCUGAUUUUAGAACUAAUUCGAGGGAUGUAGUGAGAUAUACUUACUGUGAUGGUCAUUCACAUGAUGUUGAGGUCAACAUAUAUAGUCUAAAGAGUGAUUCUUGGAGAAACAUCCAUUAUCUUCGAGAUGGGAUGAUAUUCUCUCUUCCGGGUAAGUUUGUCAAUGGGAAACUAUAUUGGGCUACGUUUUUCAAUGGGGAACAUCCUAAAAAUAGCAAUUGUCCUCUGUGUGAGGACCGUAACAUAAUUUCUAUUGAUUUGGUCGACGAGAAAUUGGAAAAGGUGGAGCAGCCAUCCUAUGGAGAAGGAGAUAAUGAUUUGCGACUAGGAGUGUUGGGCAAUGAUCUUUCUGUCUAUAUUAAUAACGAGGGAAAACAUGUAUCUCUUUGGGUUAUGAAAAAAUGUUGGACAAAGAUGUUUACCAUCAAGUAUGCUAAUUAUCCAUCUUCGUAUGCUCUUCCAUUUUUCAUGUCAAAUAAAGGUGAAAUUGUGGUUGGAUUUAAAUCAACUCUCAUGAUAUACAAUCCAAAUGAUGACUCGCUCCGUCCUGCGAUUAUUAAGUGUGAUGGCUGGUGGUACGCGGAAAUCUAUGUUGAAAGCCUAGUUUCUCCUUUUUCCAUCGGAGGGACUGCUAAUGCAAAAAAAACACAUGCGGACAAAGCUCAGAUCAAGACAAUCAAGUAA